AGAAAACCUCGCCUUUCACAACUUCAAAAUCAUCGCUUCAGUUUCAGUUUUUCAAUGAACGUCAAAAGUUAAAUACCAAUUUUUUUAAAUUAUUGUGAAUAAGUUAUGCCACGGAAACGUCGAAUAAGUGAUGCAAUCGAUUCGGAUGAUGAUUUAGAUGAUUCAAAACAUCCACAAAGGAACGCUGCAAACGCAAGGGAACGAGCAAGAAUGAGGGUCUUAAGUAAAGCUUUUUGUCGAUUGAAAACGACUUUACCAUGGGUUCCUGCGGAUACAAAACUUUCAAAAUUAGAUACUUUACGUUUAGCAACUAGCUAUAUUGCUUAUUUAAGAGCGGUACUUAUGGAUCAACCAGUAAAUACCGAUCAAGUUCAUAAACAUCCAUUAGCUUUGACAUGGCCGUUUAGUUUUCAAAGAAGUGAUUCACCAACAAUAAUGCAAGGAAAUAACGUAGUUACUGACAGGGAUACAUCAAAUAGCUGGGUUUCCAUAGGAAAUGAAUCUUCCAUGACCGGGAUGCAAAAUACGCCCUUAAAUCCAACCAGAGAGAAGGACGUGUCGUAUUACUACUAAUUUGUUUGCGUAGAGAAGUUUGCGUCAAGGGUCGCCGCCGCACCUCCUUCAAUUUUUUGUGUCUUCGUAUCGGUAUGUUUUCACAAGCCAUUAACUAGGAAGGACGUUUCCUUUUACCCCGCUGACAGCUAUUUUUACGCCUCUUUCAAAGCGAAAUGCGACGACCUACGAUGUCCAAUUAGCAUAUAUACAAUUUUCGACAGGCCUAAAUUCUACCACAAUUUUUUUUUGUAUUUUCUUUGUAUACUAAUGUUAUUAAAAGAAAACAGGAUGUUAAGUGAAUGUGUUGACAAAAUUUAAUUUGAUUUAUUCCUAUUUUCAGUACUAAUUAAUAAGAAACGUAGUGUUAAAAUUUGCCAAAACAUUUAUGAAAUGUACUGUAUGUAAAAUUUGAUAUAAUCUUUUUUUUAAUUUAUUAUUAUCGUAUAAUGUA